AUGGCGUGGGAGGCUCCCGUGAGUUGCCGCCGAGGACGUGCACGCCUCCCCGCCCUCCCAGCAGCGCAGCCCCCCUCCGCGCUCGCCCCCCGCGCGCGCCGCCGAGCCGUCGCCGCGCCGGCCGGGCGCGGGGCACUGGAGGAGGCCGACCCGGAGCUGGCGGGGCUGCUGGCGGCCGAGCGGGAGCGGCAGGCGCGGAGCAUCCACCUCAUCGCCUCGGAGAACUUCGCCUCGCGCGCCGUGCGCGAGGUGCUCGGCUCGGAGCUGAGCAACAAAUACUCCGAGGGGCUCCCUGGCGCGCGGUAUUACGGGGGGAACGCCGUCAUCGACCAGAUAGAGCGGCUUUGCCAGGAGCGGGCCCUCGCUGCGUUCGGGCUGGACCCAGAGGAGUGGGCCGUGAACGUGCAGCCCUACUCUGGUAGCCCUGCCAAUUUCGCUGUCUUCACGGCGCUCCUGGAGCCCCACGACCUUUUCUUCUUUAUUUUCAUGGGGCUCGAUCUCUGCUGCGGGGGCCACCUGACGCACGGCCACUACACCCCAAAGCGGCGGGUGUCCGCCACGUCGAUCUAUUUCGAGUCGCUGCCGUACGGCGUGGACGCGAGCACGGGCCUCAUCGACUACGCGGAGCUGCGCAGAAGCGCCCUCGCCUUCCGGCCCAAGCUCAUCGUGGCCGGAGCGUCGGCGUACCCGAGGAUCAUCGACUGGGCCGCGUUCCGCGCCGUCUGCGACGAGGUGGGCCCCUCGCCUGUCUCUUGGUCGACAUGGCCCACAUCAGCGGCCUGGUCGCCGGCGGAGCGCACCCCUCGUCUGUCCAUCCCCGACCUUCCCGCACGCGGACGUCGUCACCACCACGACGCACAAGAGCCUGCGGGGGCCCCGCGGCGGCAUGAUCUUCUGCAGGAGAGCGCUGCGGCGUCGGGUCGACGACGCGGUGUUCCCCGCGCUCCAGGGCGGCCCGCACAACGACAUGCCCGACCUGACACCAUCGGCGCCCUUGCGGUCCAGCUGCGGGAGGUGGCCACCCCGGAGUUCCGGCGGUACUGUGCGGACGUGGUGGCCAACUGCCGCGCCCUGGCCGAGGAGCUCCAGAGCCAGGGCUGCACCGUCGUCACCGGCGGCACCGACAACCACCUGCUGCUCUGGGACC